CGCAUUCAUCAUUCAGUUGAUACACCUCGGCGUAUAAGCAACAAACGUUCCGCGGGUCGCGUCUUUCGGAUUGCGUAAGGUCCUGGGUUUGACGCCGAGCAAGGCAGGAGGAAGGUGGAAAAUGCCUUCUAAAUGCGAUGUAUACCUUGAAAACUACGAUCGCUAUUAUUGCGCUGGCCAACAGAUCGUCGGCCACCUACUAUGCACCUUCAGCAGCGACAAAACGGUUAAAGGUAUCAAGAUCAAGUUCAAGGGAGAUGCGAGCACGAGAUGGUCGGAGACGGAGAGGCACUACAACUCCAGCACUAAACGCACGGAGUCGAGGACAGUCUGGUACAGCGCCGAGGAGACCUACUUCGUCUACGAGAUGAAUCUACUCAACAAUGUGAGUGAGGUAACUGUGAAACGUGGCGUGCACAAGUAUCCGUUCACGUUUACAUUGCCGUUGCUGUUGCCUUCUUCGUUUCGUGGACAACAUGGGAAGGUGAAAUAUAUGAUAAAGGGUUCGGUGAAGCGACCCUUCUUCGAUUUUGAUUAUGAGGCGGAGUCCGAGUUCACUCUCGUCUCUCCCAUCAAUCUGAAUUUGAAUCCAACACUCAGGGUACCUGUGAAUUUCCAUAAGAAAAAGAAUCUGUGCUGUAUGUUCUUCAAGAAGGGAGCUGUUACUGUCGAGGCAAAUAUUGCUAUCACCGGUUUCGUCGCUGGUCAGCCGGUGCCGAUCUACUUGCACGUGGAGAAUCUUACCAACAGUAAUCUGGACACCGUGAAAUUCAAACUGAUCCAGCGCAACGACUUCAUGAGCAGCAGUCCUCGCACCAAAACCAAGACCGCUUAUGAAGUUAUCACAAAGAAAACAGACAGUGGAAUCGGCGCCAACGGUGAAAAAACCUACGAACUUGCUCUCGUCAUACCUCAAACCUACUUCGUACCGAACUUGAACAACUGUAACAUCAUGAAAGUGUCCUACGUCAUCGAGGUGAAGGUAGUUCUACCCUGUCCGCACAGAAAUAUUACUGCGGCGAUUCCGAUUGUUAUUGGACAUGUCCCUUUAGAAGGGGUGAAUUUAUCACUGACUCAGACGCAAGGGUUGCCCAGUUACGGAAGGGCCGUUGCAGAGGGCCAUAGGCAGACCAGGUUGCAGCCGCAGCCACAACCGGGGCCGUCGACAUCUUCGAUGGAACCGGCUCCAGCUUACAAUCCGGCCUUUUCAGGGCCACCAACCUUCGAGGCAUCCCAAGCUAGUACAUCUGAUAACCAGAAGACUACGCCUCCGCCAACCUACGAGGAGGCAACUGCACUGCUGAACCCAUGAAUUACAUUCUAUUACUGAAAUAUAAGUGUUAUUAUUACUGGUAUUAUCUACAAUACUAGUUAUUAUAUAUUUUUUAUAUGU